AAACGCAAUUGACAUUGACGUCGCUUAUCAGUCGGUCGAUUAUUUUAUUUACGCAGAGUGAGAGCUAAUAAUUUCCGGAGAAAAACACUAAACAGCGGUUGAUAUCAAUAAUACUACAUUAAUACACAAUGAGUGAUCUGUUGGACGAGGAUUUGGAGUUCCGCGGCGGAACCUUACAGUUGUCGGCUGAUAAUAUAGUACCUGAGAGUUCGGAAAAUACUCGUAACAAUAUUACGGAUGUAGCUGCAAAAAGAAAAGCCCCGUCUAACGCUAAUCCCUCGGUGUUAUCUGGUGCUGAUUCAUUAACAUCCUCCACAUCAUCUUUUGCCGAUGCAAGAACAGAAGAGCAACAGAAUGCCGCAGCGGCGGCGCCAGCCACGGACAUCCAGGCAGUGUUCCCUCGUUAUGAUGUGCCCUUUGACAAGGAGAACAUCAAAGACUUCUUUACUUACCGCAAGGGAGUAGUGGACACUGCUAUACAGGAGUGCAUCACAGUUCUAUUGUUUCCUGAAGAUGGAGAGUACUUGGGAUCCUGGCUGUUGACAGAGAUAACUUUAUGGGAUAAUGAAAAGGAGAGGAUUGUACUUCUUACAUCAAGGCUGGUGAUGACAAUCAAAUAUGAUUUCAUUGCUAUGAAACAGUUGGACUUUAAGAAGACAUACCUAGAUGACCUGGACACCAUUGUCAUCGGAGAACUUGUAUACCCUCCGUCAUCAUUGGUUCCUCGUCUAAACGGGAUCGCGUCAGGAGUGACGACGGUCGUGAAGGAUUGCGUGAUAGACCGCCUGUGCCGGCGGCCGUCACACGAGGAGCCAGACGAACAUCAGACCAGUAGACUGUUCGAUCCCAAGUAUUUUGAACCUAGAGAGCGUCACUUGCGUGGCGUGCGCCUGAUGUGGAACAAGGGUGAGCCGCUGCCGCUGAAGACUGUGUGGAACCCCUUCAGCCAAGAUGUGCCUUUCAUCACAUUCGCCUCGCAUCCCAUCUUCUGGCAUAAAGAGGGCACAGCAGAAGAGAAAUCUACCUACGACAUGGAGACGUUUGCUGUAAAGCUGCAAAGGGCCAUAGAGCACAUGCCGUCGUCCGCGUGCUGCAUACACCACUCGCCCAUCGUCAUCCAGAGCUACGUCGGCGUGACGUCACUGCUACACAACAAGGCCGGCAUGGGCUUCUUCAAGGUCAGAGGGAAGUUCAGCUUCUAGAUGUACCUAUGUAUGGUAUAAGGAAUUACUUGAAAACUGGACCUGUAUUAUGAAUUCUUAACGGAGAUUAGUUAUCGUUAGAUAGACCAAAGGCUGGAACUUUGUUAUGUAUACAAACUGAUUAGGUGAAGUAUCUCGAUGGAAUUGCGGUUAUUUUCAUAGAUGUCACUAUUUUGGAGUUUUGAUGUUCGUGAAAUCUGUGUUGCUAUUUGUCGGCGUGUAAAUUACUAUGUGGAUUUCAGCUUGCGUUUGCCUUCAACUCUUGGUGGUGUAUUGAUAUUUAUGUACCGUGUCUCUGCAAAUAAAGAUUCUUAUUCUUAUUCUAUGUUACGUUAAAAAAAUUAUAUUUUUAAGGUAAUUGCUCCUAUCUUAAUGAGAUGUACCAUUAUAUUAUUACUUUGAACAUCUUAUGCUCUUGUACGUAUAACCGGGUUUCAGCUUUCAAGUACUUAAAACUAUUGUUAUAUAUUUAUAUGUUAUAAGCCUUAUUACAAUAAUAAAUAAUUAUCGUUCACGUACUCCUUUCGUGAGAUUCAUAUACUUUUUGCCAAAGGCCUUCAGGUCCGUUAGGUGGCUAAAAUAGUUAGCAGAAUAUUGUAGAAGGCGCUAGUCGACUUAUGUUGAACUUUAUGGGCAAGUAUAUUGAAAAUAGGCAGUUUUGUAUCACAAGUAAUUUGAUAGUUGAGAAAAACGUCUAAAUAUUAAUCACUAGAGAUUCAGCUGAGUGUUGUUUCCGUUUAGAAUAUGAAUUCACUACAUUGGUAUAAAAGUUAUGAAUUAAAUCAAACAAGUCCUUUUGUGUUUUAAACAUAUGCCUGCUCCCUGGUUUUUCUGGUAUUCCAGUGAAAUAAUUAAUAAAUGCGGCUUUUAAUAUCAAUCAAUUUACUUGCUGAUAAACACACAAGGAUCAUAGCAAGUAUAAUUUAGAUAAUCUUUGAAAAUUUAGUGUGAUUUUCCUGUUUCUUAGCAUUAGUGGGCUAGUAAUAACAUUUCGUUUUAAUUUAAAUGUUAGAAGAUAAAUUAUGGGAAUUAUAAUAUAUUGUAUAAACCGCUUAAAAUCGUCAAUAAAGUUAAUAUAUUUAAUAUUAUAGAGUGGUUGAGAUUGUUGAAUAAUAUAUGGUAGCUUUUGCAUCAGUAAAACGUUUGUAAUUCCAUUUGUUUAUCAAACAUUGUCCAGUGUUUCGCGGAAUUGUUAUCGAUGGCGUUAAUUGUCACUAUUGUGGGCUUCGGGUGUUAAUUGCUAUAUAUAUUGUUUAGUAUUUUUAGCUGAUACCAAAAUCGAACAGAUCUCUAACAUCAUCAUCGGCCUAGCCUUUUCCCAACUAUGUUGGGGUCGGCUACCAGUCCAACCGGUUUCAGCUAAGUACCAGUGUUUUACAAGGAGCGACAGAUCUCUAACAAUAUUUAUAAAUUUUGCCAUGCGGCCGCCCAUUAUCUUUGGAGGUGUCUUUAUUGGCCAGGAAAAAUCUCCAGAGGUCAAUAGUGAGAUUACGAACACAUAAUGAAUUGAGAAAUUUCCCACACAUUGUGACCUAAAUAACUUAUAUUAAAAUUAAUGCAUUUAUAUUAAGUAAACAUAUAAUUCUAAAGUGAUUUCAUUGCAUUUCAUAAUAGUUUGGCUAGAAUAGUCAGCUGAAGUAAAAAAACAUGUCAUAUACAAGUUUUUUUGGUGCCAGUGUAAAAUACGUUUAUUAGAACGUUGCCUGUUGUUGUGUUUUGUCAUUAUUUUGGUGUAACAGUUAAGUUCUAUGUGGGUUCUAUAAAAAAACCUUAUUAAUUUUGGUGCAGAUUAUAUCUACUUGGGAUUAAAUUAUUUACUGUAAUUAAAUAAUCAGAUUAAUCUUAAGUGUUGCCAGUGGCAAUAAAAAUUCUUACUAGUAAAUCAUAUUGGUGUUCACCAUUGUUUCCGUGCUACUUACCUACAUUGUUAUGUUAUUAAGGUUUAUGUAAAUAUAUAUUUUAGAGUAUAUUUUGUUGGUAAUCUUUAAUUAUGUGGUAAUAUAUAGUUGUUGUAUAUAAAUGUUACGAAGUAUAAAUUCGUAUAUUUUUUAAUGUAUUUACGAUAGUUUUAGUUAUUUAGAAGAAUAUAUUCUUAGAUAGUAACGAA